GUCACCAAUACGAGGAGAUGCGAAUGUGACAGCUGGAGCUACCUCCGUGUGUCCUGAGACACUUUUCCAUCACACACACACGCACAGGGCUUUCAAGGACACCAUCGUCGAUCGGUGGAAGAGCCGCGGCGCAUGAAAGACAUUGCAGUCGUAGUCCAACAAGAACAAGAACAAGAACAACGACACGAUGGCGGCGCAAGAACAGAUCAAGGACGUCCUCGCGCUGUCGCGGCGGGUGAUCUUCGACCCGCGGAUGAGCAGAUGGACGAGCGUGGCGCAGUUGCUCGGCGAGGUGGCGCUGUGCGGGUUGAUCAUUUGGAAGGUUCCCUAUACCAACAUCGACUGGACGGCCUACAUGCAACAAACAGAGCAAUACCUGGCCGGCGAACGUGACUACCACAAGAUCGCCGGUGACACGGGGCCGCUGGUCUACCCGGGCGCGCACGUGUACAUCUACCGGGCGCUGCACGGGUUGACGUCCUCCGGCAGCGACAUCGGGCGCGCGCAGGUGCUGUUCGGGAUCCUCUACCUGAUGACCCUGGGGACGGUCCUGGGCACGUAUCGCGCGGCGGGCGCGCCGCCGUGGGUGCUGGCGCUGCUGAGCCUGAGCAAGCGCGCGCAUUCGGUGUUUCUGCUGCGGCUGUUCAAUGACGGGUGGGCGGUGCUGGGCCUGUUUGCCGCGGUGGCCGCGUGGCAGCGGAGGUGGUGGACGGCGGGUGCGGGCUUGUUUGCGCUGGGCCUCGGGGUCAAGAUGGUAAUUCUGUUGGCGCUGCCGGCGGUCGGGGCUGGGUUGUGGCAGGCGGUGGGGAGGGAUCGGGCGGUGCUCUUGGCGGCGGGCAUGGGGCAGGUUCAGUUGCUCUUGGGAUAUCCCUUCCUCGCGGCAUAUCCCUGGAGCUACGUCUCCCGCGCCUUCGAAUUCACCCGGCAAUUCCAGUUCAAAUGGACGGUCAACUGGCGCUUCAUCGGCGAGGAGACCUUUCUCUCUCGACCGUUCUCCCUCUCCCUGCUGGCCCUCCACAUUUCACUGCUGACCGUCUUCCUCCUCGGACGAUGGAUGCAACCCAGCAGCACCGGCGGCCGAGCGAUUUCCAUCCCGACGCUAUUCAAACGUCUCAUCCACCCUCCGCCCAAGGACGUCCAGGCCAGCAUCGCGCGCCAGGUGACGCCGGAUUUCAUCCUGACGAGCGUCCUGUCGGCGGUGGUCAUCGGAUGCCUGUGCGCGCGGAGCCUGCACUACCAGUUCUACGUGUACAUCGUCUGGGCGACGCCGUUCCUGUUGUGGCGGAGCGGGAUGCAUAUGGUCGGCGUCGUCGCGGUCUUCUUUGCGCAGGAGUGGGCGUGGAAUGUGUAUCCCAGCACGGAUCUGAGUUCGUCGGUCGUGGUCGCGUGUUUGGCGAUCACCGUUGCGAGUUCCUGGAUCGGGAUCAGAUUCCCGACGACCAGAUGA